AAUUGAAAUAGGAGAAGAACAUUCCAAGUUGAUUCCUCCAACUGAGUGCUACUAAACUCUCAAUUCUCAACUUGAGUUGUGAUCUGAAUUUGUGGAUCUCUCUCUCUAUAACCCACCACUGCACCUCUACCAAGCAGAAACACCCUAAUUUCUCAAUUAUUUACCAUCCUGCCACUCAAUUCAAAAACAGACAAAUACACACGCAAAGACACAAAACCGUUUGUCUGUGUCGGUGUCGGCGGUUCCGUCCGAGUUCCGACUCAAUACAACUCAGAAAAGACAAUGCUGGAGCGCUGCCUGGGGCUUCGCCGCCUCCGCCAGAUCCAGCGUGCCUGCCGCCGCGGCAGCCUCACAUUCCUCUGCCUCUUCCUCACCGUCGUCGUCCUCCGCGGCACAAUCGGUGCCGGCAAGUUCGGCACUCCCGAGCAGGACCUCAACGAGAUCCGCCAUCUCUACGCCUACCGGUCCCGCCGCGUGGAGCCCCACCGCGUGCUCGAGGAAGCUCAACCCGAAACCACCACAAACGACGCCAACAACUACGCCACCUUCGACAUCUCCAAGAUCCUCGUCGACGAGGCCGCCUCCGCCGACGAACCAAAGCGCGAUCCAAACGCCCCUUACACUCUCGGUCCCAAGAUCUCCGAUUGGGACGAGCAACGUGGCCAGUGGCUCAAAAACAACCCCGAUUACCCGAACUUCAUUGGUCCCAAUAAGCCCCGGGUUCUUCUGGUAACCGGGUCUUCCCCCAAACCGUGUGAAAACCCGGUUGGGGACCAUUACCUUUUGAAGUCCAUUAAGAACAAGAUCGAUUAUUGCAGGCUCCAUGGGAUCGAGAUUUUCUAUAACAUGGCUCUUCUUGAUGCCGAAAUGGCUGGGUUUUGGGCUAAGUUGCCUUUGAUUCGGAAGCUUCUGUUGUCACACCCUGAAGUUGAGUUUCUAUGGUGGAUGGACAGUGAUGCCAUGUUCACUGAUAUGGCCUUUGAGGUGCCUUGGGAGAGGUACAAAGAUUCCAACUUUGUGAUGCACGGUUGGAACGAGAUGGUGUAUGAUGAGAAGAACUGGAUUGGUUUGAACACUGGUAGCUUCCUUCUCAGGAAUUGUCAGUGGUCUCUUGAUAUUCUUGAUGCUUGGGCUCCAAUGGGGCCUAAGGGGAAAAUCAGGGACGAAGCUGGCAAGAUCCUCACCAGGGAGCUGAAGAACAGGCCGGUUUUCGAAGCGGAUGAUCAAUCUGCAAUGGUGUACUUGUUGGCCACUGGGAAGGAGCAAUGGGGUGAUAAGGUGUACCUUGAGAAUCAUUAUUAUCUCCAUGGAUAUUGGGGGAUUUUGGUUGAUAGGUAUGAGGAGAUGAUUGAGAACUAUCACCCUGGACUUGGUGACCAUAGGUGGCCACUAGUGACUCACUUUGUGGGGUGCAAGCCUUGUGGCAAGUUUGGUGACUACCCUGUUGAAAGGUGCUUGAAGCAAAUGGACCGUGCUUACAAUUUCGGUGACAACCAGAUCUUGCAGAUGUAUGGCUUCACACACAAGUCACUAGCUAGCCGCAGGGUCAAGAGGGUCAGGAAUGAGACCAGCAACCCUCUUGAUGUCAAAGAUGAGCUUGGAUUGCUUCAUCCAGCUUUCAAGGCUAUCAAGUUGCCAACUUCAUCUUGAUUAUAUAUAUACCACCUUUAACAAAAUUUCAUCUUGUAUCCCCACAACUUGCCACUCAUUUGGGCCUCCAUAGUCUCUGCUCACUUCUGCAGUUAUCUAUUUAUUUAGAAUAUGUGUGGAUCCUGUAAUUGUUAUCAUUCAUCAUCUCUUUAUUUAGCAACAAAAGUUGUAAUCUUUCUUUUUGCUUUUACAGAUAUCAUUGCUUUAGUAUCUUGAGUUAUAUUGAAUUUUGAGAAGAACAAAAUUCCUUCA